AUGCACACACUUCAACAUUUUACGAUAGACACAAGAAGUACACACAGUAUGAAAAAUUUCAAAUAUUUGAAAGUUUUAGUCACAUUUGCCCACUUCAUUUGUUUGUUUCCCAUCACCAUAAAUAUACGAAAAAAUGGAUUGAAUUACAAUUUCACCAAAAAGUGCUAUUUUUUGCGGAUGGUUUUGAUCGAUUUAUUAAUUGUGGGAUGCAUUUUGAAACAUAUUUUCAACAUUUUGAUGAAGAAUGUUACGUUAAACGACGUAGUUUUUAUUUUUUGUAGUGCACCCAUUAUUAUUACCAUUCUUGAUAUUGAGAUUUUGGGGUAUGUUAACAAAGCUAAGUUUGGAAAAUUGUUAAUAAACCUUUAUACAAUUAAUUACAAUUUCAAGGAGUCUGAGCGAAAUGACUACGUCAGUUUGUUGCAACUGGUUUUUGUGUUUUGCUACUUUAUUUACUUAUUCACGGUUUAUUACAUUUAUUAUUCAGUGCAUGAAGCAUCAAUCAUUAAUUUCGGCUACACUUUGGCCAAAUUUAUGAUUUUUACCAGUACAUGUAUUUACACCAACUUGUUGAGGAUAAUUGAAGCAGAUUUUUCAAAACUGAAUCAUCUGCUAAGUGGAACAGAAAACCUUGAUUUGGUUUUACCUAUUUAUUCGCAAUUGGUUUUUAUGUGCAAGAAAAUAAACAAACUUUAUGGUCACCAGUUACUCCUAACUAUUCUAACUUACUUGAUAUGGACCAUUUACGAGAUGUAUCAUUUAGCUAUUUUAUGGUCUUGCACAAGCACGAAUUGUCCACGUUUUUUGAUUAUGCUGGCUUUGAGCUACACAGUGAUUCAAGAAGUAAUGCUGUUUACAAUUUUGUGGAAUUGUCAGAAUACAAGAGUUGCGUCUGAGGAUUUUAAGGCUAUUUGGUACUCAAUUCUGAUUAAAAAAGCAGAUUCGUUUUGUAAAAAGAAAUUAGAAAACUAUUCCUUACAGUUGAUUAAUCAUCGAGUUGUCUUCACAGCGAUGGGUCUCUACGUCUUGAAUAUGGAGCAUUUCUUUUCAGUAAAAUGUUCAAUACAAAGUGAGAGUUUAUUAAAUGAUAUAUUGUUUCCAGUUGCUGGGUUCAUUAGUGACUUUGAUUGUGAUAUUAACUCAAUUCAGUACUUCUGUUUAAUGGCGAGAUGUUUGAACACUUUGAUAUUUUAUUAUCAUAUAUCAACAUACGAGUAUAGUAUUUAA